AAAAAAAAAAAAAAAAACACACCUGCAUCUGCUGUGCUGGGCCCCCGGCUGUCUUUUCCCUCUGGGAUCUAAGAUCCCGCUGGGGAUCCGAGGCAGAGGCCUGGGAGCCCCCAUUUCCGAGGGGGAGGGCCAGCGUGGAAGGCCCCGCCCCGGCAGCUGCGGAGGGAUUUGGUGGGGUCCAGGCCGCCCUUGCCACGCAAGGGCGCGCGGAUGACCUGAAAAGAGCCAGAAAGAGGAAAGGCGCCGCCGAGGUUGGUCGCUUUCAGCUGGGGCUCAUUGCAUCCUCUGCCAGGAGCGCUCCCACCCCACAGGUCCCGCUCCUCCCAGGUGGGUUUCAUCGGGUGGGCCCAGCGGGACAGGGCCGGGUGUAAUUAGGGAGGGGGCUGGGCUGGGGCGCAAUGGAGGCCGAGCCAGCCCCGGACUCCUUAAUGCCAGCAAAGCUGCUGGCGCCGCCCUGUCUGGACCUGGAGCCACUGGGAGGAUCCCCCUCCCAGGAGAAGCCGAGGACCCCAGGAUGCUGCAGAAUCAGUGAGAGGUCCCUCUGGCCUGCAUGCCAGGACUCGGUCACCGCCCUGUGCUUCCUCCAAGAGACAGUGGAGAGGCUGGGUCAGUCCCCUGCCCAGGACACCCCGGUCCUGGGGCCUUGCUGGGACCCGAUGGCUCUGGGGACUCAGGGCCGCCUGCUGCUGGACAGGGAUUCCAAGGACACACAGACCAGGAUCAGCCAAAAGGGCCGCCGCCUGCAGUCCCCGGGGACUCCCUCGGUCCCACCACCCCAGAGAAGGCCCCGGAAGCAGCUGAACCCCUGCCGGGGCACUGAGAAAGUGGACCCCGGGUUCGAGGGGGUGACUCUGAAGUUUCAGAUAAAGCCGGACUCCAGCCUGCAGAUCAUCCCCACGUACAGCCUGCCCUGCAGUAGCCGCUCUCAGGAAUCCCCUGCAGAUGCUGUUGGGGGCCCUGCAGCCCACCCAGGAGGCACCGAGGCCCACUCAGCAGGCAGCGAGGCCCUGGAGCCCCGGCGCUGUGCUUCCUGUCGGACCCAGAGAACCCCGCUCUGGAGAGACGCUGAAGAUGGGACCCCUCUCUGCAACGCCUGUGGGAUCAGGUACAAGAAAUAUGGCACUCGCUGCUCCAGCUGCUGGCUGGUGCCCAGGAAAAAUGUCCAGCCCAAGAGGCUAUGUGGCAGAUGUGGAGUAUCCCUGGACCCCAUUCAGGAAGGUUAAACCCAGCUUCACCCUGCUGAGCUGCUGCUUCUGCCUCUGUUUCAUCAGCGGGAGAAUGGGCAGAAGCAGCUCUCCUAGGAAGACUGGGGAAAGAGCUGGCCUGCCUCCUCUCUGCCAUCUCCAGAUUCAAGGAUCCCGGGGGAAGACCCAGGCCUCAGGUGGCAGAGCCUGCUAGGGUUCACCGGCCCCUUCUCCAGUCAGCCUUGGCCGAGGCCUCAGGAGACACUCUCAGGAAGGAUGAGCAUUGUUACAGCAGGGACAAUAAAGUGCAGAGAUACUCAGAGAGAAAAA